UCACACAUGCAGUGUCCAUCUUCUUCAUCUCACUUCACUCCCCUGUGUCAGUAAAAACCAACCCCUUUCUCCAUUUCUCUCUGAACCUUCCGAAACACCCGAACCCAGAUCAAAGUUCCAACCUUUACUGGUUUUCAUGGAUCAGGUACCGAAAUCCGAACCUGGGUCAUCUUCCCCACCCGCGUUCGCUUCAACCAGCUCUAGAAACCUCAAGGACAUGACCAUUUCCGAGCUGGUUACAGUGUUGCGUGCUGCGUACCAGACGGAGGAUUUUGAUGUCGUUGAGGAGGUUCUGGAGAGCAGAUACGCGAAGCUCAGAGCGGAUGUGGGGCCAUUGCGAGAGGAGAUGGAGUUGGAGAGGUCGGGAAGGAUGCAUGCUGAGGAAGAGCUGAGAAAGAAAGAUGAAGAAUGUGAAAAGUUGAAGAAGAUUAAGGAAAGUUAUCAGAUUUUGAUGAAGAGUGCGAAGGAUGAGAGAAUUCGUGUUGAAGCCAUUAAGAAGAAGAAUGCUGAGUUGGAGUGUGAAUUGAAAGAGAUGAAGAAAAAAAUGGAGGAUGAUAUUCAGAAGCUGAUGAAAAAGAAUCUUGUGUUAUUUUGUGAGAAUAAUGAGAUGAAGGAGAUGGAGAAACAAUGGGUGGAUGAUAGGGAUAGUAUUGCAGAGAUGAGGAAAAUGAAUGCUGAGUUAGAGCGUGAGAAUUAUGAGCUGAAGAAAAAAUGGAUGGAUGAUAGUAAGGCUUUGGCUGAGAUUAAGAUCAAGGUCUGUGUUUUGGAGGAUGAGAAGGUUAAUGUUUCCAAAGAUUUGGUUGCGCUUAGGAGGAUAUACGGUGAGUUGGAGGAAGCGAAGAAGAAGGAUUUGGCAACCUUGGGGGAGCUCAAGGCUGAGAACCGCAAAUUGGCGGAUGAGAAGCGCGGGGCUGAGGAGCUGGCUGAGUCUCUGGAGAGGCAAUUUGUGGAGCUGAAUGGACGAGUUGCGAGGUUGGAGGAUGAUACAAGGAUUCUGAUGGCUGCGGAUAAUGGUGGUGGAAACAUUGAGGGGGAUUCUCCAGCUGGUCUCAGGGCUAGUUUUGGAGUCAAUGAUGAGGAGGAUAUUGGUGACUAUGAGUUUGGGAAUGACACUGGGGGUACUAUGAGAAGAAAUGAAGAUACUCACCAGGCUUUUGGUGGUGUCACUGCUCCGCUCUCAAGCAAAGGCUCCAAGGGUGCACCAGCUGGAAGAAUAGUGAAAUUGGAGAAUGGUGCUGAGAUGAUAAACCUAGUUGAUAGUGAUGAUGAUGAUGAUGAUGGAUGCACGUCAAAACGAUUGCAUGGAAAGAAGCCCCUUUCUGGAAUUACAAUUAAGAAUGAGCCUCAAAGUUUGCCCGGGGAAGUCCACCAGAAGAAAAGCACUCUUGCAUCUGGAUUGCUCAAAAGAAAAAUGUUCUUUUCUGAUUCCUCUUCCAGCCCUAGUUCUUCUGAAGACAAAUUUGAUGUUGAUAGUCUUCCAAUUAGUUCUGUACUUAAGAAGAGAAGUAAAACUUAGGCAGACAGUCUUAGGUUAAACUCUUCGCCUAGGUACUAUCUUGAAUAUCCCUAUCAGACAUGCCCUUCUGUUAAUUUAUUUAGAAACAAUUAACUUGGUCCUGUUUUCUAAAUUCUGGUUCACUGGCGAAAUCAAGAGCAGGUGGUUCUCUUGCCAACCUUAAACAUGAAAGUUUAGGCUAGUUCUUAGUUUUGAAAAUGCAAUCAUGUUGGUUUGUGUGUUAUUGAUGUGGGAAUCACUGUAGUUUGUAUGUAAGUUGACUUUAUUUAUCUGAUAGAUUCAAUGGUAUCUACUUUGUCUACUUUGUAAGUUAA